AUGGUUUGUUUGGGCAUACUCCUAAGCUUCCACAUAUUUCUCCCAUAUUCUGUGCCACAAUAUGUCUGCUCAGGACUCAUAAUGUUUGUAUCUGCUGAAGUAUUGGAAGGUAUCAACCUGUCACUGCUCUCUCGAGUUAUGUCAUCCAGGCUUUCUCGUGGAACCUUUAAUGGUGGAUUACUAUCAACAGAAGCUGGGACAAUUGCUCGAGUGAUUGCAGAUGGAACGAUAACCCUGGCCGGGUACUUGGGUGAGAGUAGGCUCCUAAAUGUCACCCUACUGCCUUCACUCUUAAUUUGUAUAGCCUCUAUCAUUGCUACCUGCUGUACCUACAACACCCUCUAUUGAUUUAGGCUUUGUAGUUGGACUUUGUCCUCAGGUUCUAAAACCAUCCUCUUUCCUUGAUCAUUAUUUUCCUCCCUGUUUUAUCAAUUGAUUUGUUUGCUUUUGGUUUGUGAAUUUGAUUCUGAUUCUUAGCAUUCAUGUAUCAAUGUAAAUUGUUAGACAAAUAGACGUCAAAUUUCCUCAGUUAGAUUCGCUUAAAUUUCAUAUAAAUUCUUG